AUGGGAUCAUUAGCCAACAAAAGUAAUCAACUUAAACACAUUAUUGGACCGAUGCCUUCUGAUAAUCACAGCAAUGUAAAUGAUUUUGAGUUAGGAAAAUUUAAUAAUGAUGAUACUCAAAAUUUGGAAGAAAAUA